UGUCAUGUUGAAUUAGCAAAUUUGGGAUUAUUUCAUAAGAUGGAGACCAGAGAGGAGGCCUUAGGCUUCAAGCCUCAAAAGGAUAAAAUCUACAAUAAGUUUUUACCGUAUGCAGAGAAUAUAGACGAUGAAUCUAAUGCAGCCUUAGCAGAAAUCAAAGGAAAUCUGGCAAAGGCCGUUCUGCUGAGAGACGUGAAAGUAGGAGCUACUUUUUGGGUUGGACAGCUGACCAGAUACAUCCGUUUGUAUGGAAUGAAAUUCUCCAAGGAGGAUCAUAUUCUGUUCAUCAAGCUGUUGUUUGAAUUGACAACCAUUCCUGACCUCGAGCUUUCAUUGGUUCCUAAGUUUGCAACCCAGCUUGUUGCCUUGUUGAAGAAACAAAAACUGUUGACACGUGAAGAUUUAGAAUUGCCAUGGAAACCUAUUUAUCAGCUGGUAGAAAAUGUAGCUUACUCCCCAUAUGAACAUCAUGGAUUGCAGUUAUUUCCACACAAUAUGGAGCACGAUUUGAAGAACCUUGUUAACUACUGUAGGACCUAUUUCCCACUCUCAGCCACUCAGGAAAUGCUGGAUGAAUGGCGACCGCUGCUCUGUCCAUUUGACGUGACCAAUAUUAAGGCCAUUCACUACUUCGAAUAUUUCUUGCCAACCGAUCUACUUCCUGAAAACCAUGAUAAAGGAUUCAAGUUGUGGCUGGACGAGUUUCUAAACAUGUGGCACUCCUACCAGAAUGCACCAACAUGGGAGGCAGGUUUGGUAAGGUUGUUUGCACGAUUGGCACAUGACACCAUCGGCUAUAUUGACUGGUCCCCACAUGUUUCCAUGGUUUUUAAUCGUUUCAUGAGGAGUUUCAAUCUGCCAGUGGGUAUGCAGAAAGUACAAGUAGGCCGCUCCAACAAUACGUAUGACAUUGGUGCCACUGUGACCUGGAUAGUGUCCAUGAUGGGUGGACCCAGUGGUAGUUUAGUUCAGGAUCACAUUGACAGCUUCUUCAAGGCUCUGCAGUCAUUUUUUCAUCCAUCAAAUCUUGGAAAGUGGAACAUAAAGCUGAGUGGUCUUUUAAUGAAUUUUCCAAAACUGGUGGUAAAGAGAAUACACAGAGAAAGAUACAAGAAGAAGGAGUGGCUAACAGAGAUUCCCGCGGACCAUAAGCUGAAGGAUUCCGAGAUCACCAGAUUUGUUAAGAGCAUGCAGCCCGUGGUGUCCGUAUCGAUGUUCAGUAAAUACGGCAGUCACGAUUCAGCUGUGGCACUGAGACACCUCUCCAACAUGAGGCCUGAGCUUAUCAUUCCAGAUUUAUUAGAGAAGAUGUACCCAGCCAUGGAGAAUCUGAUAGAGCCCCACCGCCUGAUCGCCUGUAUGAACUGUGUGGUGGCGGUGUCCCGCCCAAUGCUGAGCGCCAGGAGGUGGUACCCUGAGGGCCGUUCUCACGUCCUCCCUCUUCUGAACCUCGCUCUUCCAGGAAUCGACCCCAAUGACUUCAAGAAGUGCCUUGUCACCUUCCAGAUGAUUUCUACCUUUGUGGCCCAGGUUCCCAUUGUUGACUGCUCAGAAGCUGUCUUCAUCAGGGAUGAUCUCUCUGAUGAGGAGAAAGAGUUAUGUUCAGCCACGGCUCAGUUUGAGGACUUUGUACUGCUUUUCCUGGACAGAGUAUUUGCUCUGAUUGAGAACAGUACCCAGGAGCACACCCACGGUGAUCCGACUCGACUUAACCCAGAACAAACCAUGAUGGAGGUGGCACUGUCCUCUACUUUCACCUCAGUGCUGCUCCAGUGUUCUACACCAAUAUACGAGUCGGCUCUGUCACGCUUAUAUAACUUUAUCACCACCAGUGUGUAUGAAACCAAUGUUGGGGGAAGAUUUGCUGCAAAUCUCUGCAGGGCAGCGGCUAAGGCAAAUCCAAAAAGAGCAGUAGAAAAGUUUUUACCUCCAUUUUGUAAAAAGAUCAAAGAUCUAAUGACUGAGCAUGAGGAAUACAAAACAGAAGAACAUCUUGAUGAUGGAUUUUUGUGGAAUCUCCUCAUGCUGUCACAGCUUGUCCGAUGUAAUGGUGAAGCCCUACUGCCUUACAAAGAUCAGCUGUUAGAAGUUCUACAGAUGACCCUUCACCUGAAGUGUGUCCAGGGUUACGAACUCUCCUGUCAGCUGAUGAGGUACACACUAAGGGCCUUAACUCUCCACUUCCCACUGGAUUAUAGGAGUGUGGCAGGGUCAUUUGACAGACCAGUGUCAGAGUACCUGGCUAUUAAUGAUUGGGCUAUACCUGGUGAUAUGGACGACUUAGGCAUGAAAUGGCACAUCCCCUCAGCUGAUGAAAUAGAAUUUGCACAGUCUCUGAUGGACCAUAUACUACAACCAGAAUUAGAGAAAAUUAUGUCAUUAUCAUCAUCAAAUCAGAUUGACAAGGAGGAGUUGUUACAGAGACUAAGCAUUAUACUGGAGUGCCUACUAGGAGCGGGGGCAGCACUUCCUGCCUGGAAAUCAACAUCUGUUGAUCUGUCCAGUCUGAAUGUUAAAACACAAGUUCCAUUGGAUCGAUUUCAUGUUUCAUCUGUGAAAGAGUUAAUAGAAAUUCAGUAUAAAGGUGCUAACUUAAGACUGGAGGUCGUAAAAGCCAUGAAACAUUUGCUUAACUACCUAAUGGAGUGCACAGAGGAUGACACAAAGAGCUUGUCCAAACUGAUCAAGAUCUAUGAAACCAUCUUGUUUUUCUAUGGUGCUAGUAAACAGGACUUUGAUGCUCGAUGGAAGAGUUUACAUUCUGUAAAAGAUGCCUUAGAAGAUAAGAUGCGGGAUAGAAGGAAACACAUCCGAGCCUUACUGGUAGAUAGAGUUGUUCUACAACAAGAGAUGAGGAUGUUAUAUGGACUCUCUGGCUAUACAGAUCAUCAUCAGGACAUUCUAUGUGACCUUUACAAUCUAGCUGUCAGUAAAUAUGCUGAGGUGAGGAAGAAGGGACAGGCGGUGCUGAUGCAGUGUUUUCUGAACUUUCCCUACUGCUACCGGUGUCUGCUGGACAGGAUCUCAGACAGCCUCAUACAGAAAGACACGCCCGAAAAACAGUUCAAGGGAGUGUUGUAUGUGGUCCUUGGCAGUGGUAAGAGAUGUCUGGCCACCAAGAGGAGCUGGGAGGUGAUUGGUCAGUUAUGGCCAGCCAUUGUCCAGGCCCAGCAAUCUGAGAAACCGUCAAUUUUACGGGUCGUCGACGACAUCAUAGCUAAAGUCAGCAAGAAUCUGGAAAGUCCAGGAAUUGAAAUCAAAGUAACCUCCAGCUGUUUGGAAGCUGCCCAGAAGUUACUGUCCUCUGGUGUACCUGUAUCCAGCCCCAACACACUGACUGAGGGGGCAGACCAACGGGGGGAGGAGUUCCAGAUAGAGUGCAAUGAGUCCAACAACAGGAUGUAUGUAAAAAUCGUGGAAGACCUUGUGGCAUUAGUUAAAGGUGGAACAUUGAUGUGGAAGUUCAGUCAGUACGCUGUAGAACUGCUGACACUGUUACUGAGACAUGAUGUACCUACACCUCCUGUAGCUGUGGAACUCUUUGUGUCUAACCUCAUACAUGACUCCUUGUACAUCAGAAAGCUUUCAAUGGCCUCUGUAUCAGCCAUUCUGAAGCAACAGAAGAGAAAACACAAGAAGGUGGUGGUGGACCCCUACCGGACUGCCCCACCACCUCCGGCGGGGACCUUCCUCCCUGGGAACCGUCCAGAUAAUAACUGGAUCAUGUACGACUCCGGCCGACUACCAGACAAUCAGGAGAAGUGGGAGGCCAUGGAGUUCGUGGAUAAAACUCACUGGGGUUACUACUGCUGGCCAAAAGAAAUGAAAAUUUAUGCCCAGUAUUCAGAGCAGCCAAAACUAGAUCGUCUAGAAUCAGAACUGUUAGAUAUAGAAAAACCUAUUUAUGUGAAAUUGAGUGACUCUGAGUUUGUGAAAAAGUUUAUAGGAGUGCUUAGUUUAGAGGAACAUAAAGGACGAGAUAAAUUCAGGAACAAACAUUUAACUCUAUUCAAGGGUCUGUUUAGGAAUUACGGUGACACGUUCCUCCCCCACUUCAGAUCCCACAUCGUGGAGCUGCUGUCAGACAGGAGCCAUGAACACCAUGAAAGUAAACAGAGGUGUGGGAUGGAGAUCCUAGCAGGGGUCAUACGUGGCUCCAAACACUGGCCUUACGAGAAGGUGAAUGCCCUUUGGGACUGGGUUAUCCCCAUUCUGAGAACCUCCCUAGAUAACAUCACCAGUGAGACCCUGAAGGACUGGGGGACGUUCUUCACUGUGGUGUCCGAGAGUCGAGAUCCCAGGAGACUGUAUCGAUUGUUUGAGAUGCUCAUGGAUAAACCAAUCAGGGAGGGAUCCUCUUCUUUUGAAGACUCCAGUCGUCUUUUUGCUGUGCAGAAUGCAUUAGUACAACAGGAAUGGAGAGUUCCAGAACUCCUCCAUCGUCUGUUAGAAUUCCUGACUCCGUACCUCUCCCAUAGGUAUAAGAAUGUCAGGGACAGGAUUGGAAGCCUGCUGUCCAACAUCAUGUUGUAUGACUACAGCAUCACUGCAGGUUCCUCCACUAAAUCUCCACACAGAGUGGACUUUGUCCAGAAAGUGAUUCCACAACUGGAACCACUCAAAGACCUGGUGCUAUCAGACAAUGGAAAUAAUGGCAGCUCAAAGGAUGAGGAGAACCACAGAGAGAUGUCUUCCUUGUCAGAGAAGAUGGAGGUGGAAGAUGACGAGGAUGAAGAGAGGAAGACAACCAUAAGGCUGUGUAAAACAGUGCUGAAGUGGAUAUCUGAUGGACUAGGUAGAAUGUUUACCUCAACUACACCAGAGCUUUUCCUUUUUCUUCCAGUUAUUUGCACGUUAGAGAGUGAGACUAAGGAUGAGGAACUGAAGACUGACUGUUCUAUGGCCCUGGCCUGCUUCUCUCAGGCUCUGAUUCAGGAGAACAAUGUCACGGUGUGUCUGGAGACCAUCAGAGAAGUGAUGGGGCUGAAGUCCUGGCAUUCCCGUGUAGCAAUCCUCGGUUAUAUCCAGGUCAUGGUGUUCUGUAACCUCUUUACCAUGAUCCAGACAAAGCACAAAAAGGAAAUCCAGAACUUUAUACUGCAUCUCAUCUGUGAUGACCAAGUAGAGAACAAUUCUUACAUUGCAAUGGAGUAG